ACGACGUCGGUAUGAAAUGGCAGAAACUGCCUGUGUCACGGAAGCACUAAGAUUAGGUUACGUAGAAGAUACACAUGUAUUUUGCGGUGAUCCCGGCCUGCUAGUGUGAAGAAAACGACAGUGUAUCCGGACCUAACUGGGAUUAAAGAGCUGUUUUUCCUCCUACAAACCGCCCAGGUUGUGUCUCCGGCGGCAGGCAGCGAGCGGCGACUGCGGGUCGACACUGUCGGAAUUAACCGGAGAGGGGUCUCGAGAGGCGAGCUGCACUUGGAUGCCCAGUCACAGUGUUCGUCCAAGGCGUCACCAUGAACCGGAACAAGCGUGAAAAGGAGUACUACAGUAUAGAUGUGGGAGAUUCGACUUUUAUGGUUUUAAAGCGCUACCAGAGCCUCAGACCCAUCGGAUCCGGAGCACAGGGAAUUGUCUGUUCAGCGUACGACCACAACUUGGAGAGGAACGUCGCCAUCAAGAAGCUGAGCCGGCCCUUUCAGAAUCAAACCCAUGCGAAACGGGCCUACAGAGAACUGGUGCUCAUGAAAUGUGUCAACCACAAGAACAUCAUCGGCCUAUUAAACGUAUUCACACCACAGAAGACACUGGAAGAAUUCCAAGACGUGUAUCUAGUGAUGGAGCUGAUGGAUGCCAACCUCUGUCAGGUGAUUCAGAUGGAGCUGGACCACGAGAGGCUGUCAUACCUGCUCUACCAGAUGCUGUGUGGAAUCAAACACCUGCACGCUGCAGGCAUCAUACACAGGGACCUGAAGCCCAGUAACAUCGUGGUGAAGUCUGACUGCACGCUGAAGAUCCUGGACUUCGGCCUGGCCAGGACGGCCGCCACCGGUCUCCUCAUGACGCCCUACGUGGUGACCCGCUACUACCGCGCCCCCGAAGUCAUCCUGGGCAUGGGCUACCAAGCCAACGUUGAUGUCUGGUCUGUUGGCUGCAUCAUGGCUGAAAUGGUCCGGGGUAGUGUGUUGUUUCCAGGCACUGAUCAUAUCGACCAGUGGAAUAAGGUGAUCGAGCAGCUGGGGACGCCGUCUCAGGAGUUCCUGAUGAAGCUCAACCAGUCGGUGAGGACCUACGUGGAGAACCGGCCGCGGUACGCCGGCUACAGCUUCGAGAAGCUCUUCCCCGACGUCCUGUUUCCUGCAGACUCUGAACACAACAAACUGAAAGCGAGCCAAGCCCGAGACCUACUAUCCAAGAUGCUGGUAAUAGAUGCGUCAAAGCGGAUCUCGGUGGACGAGGCUCUCCAGCACCCCUAUAUCAACGUGUGGUACGACCCGACUGAAGUGGAGGCACCGCCACCCGUGAUCACAGACAAGCAGCUGGAUGAGAGAGAGCACACGGUGGAGGAAUGGAAAGAGUUGAUAUAUAAAGAAGUGCUGGACUGGGAAGAAAGGACGAAGAAUGGUGUCAUCAGGGGACAGCCGGCGUCCAUAGGUGCAGCAGUGAGCAGCAGCCCCCACCAGCACCACCAGCACCACCCCUCCACGUCCUCCUCCGCCUCCUCCAUGUCCACCGACCCGACCCUGACCGACACCGACAGCAGCCUGGAGACGGCCAGCACCGCCGCCGUCGCUGCUACGGCCACCGGCCCCGUGGGCUGCUGCAGAUGACUAUCAUCUACACCUCCUCCUGGUCCUGGUCCUGGUCCUGGUCCUGGGCCGGGCCACACCCCCUCCCCCUCCUUGGUCACAUCCUGGACCAGCAGCCCGGCUCCUGGUCCCACCCCCCUGUAUUUGCCUCCUCUCCGUGCUUGUCUUCAGUAGUGUAGCGUUUAGCCAGCUAGCUGUUUGAGAAACAUUUCUGAAAGGACAGAUGUUUUUUUUAAAACGACAGUUACAGUCUUCUCCUUUUUUUUCCUUUUUUUUUGUUUUUUUAAAUUAGGAUUUCUUUUCAUUUGAGUCCUAGCUGUAAUUUAUUGUGGCAUUUCUUAAUUUUUUCAGAAACCUAAGAUGAUAAGAGAAUUUUUAUGAUUUCACUAUGUUGCGGUUUAUAUUAACCGACAGUGAAAAUUUAAAGAAAUAUCUGUAAAAUGUUUUAAUGUGAUCUAUUUUUCUGUUGAAAGUCAUUUUGUUUCACUUGUAAGCUACUGCUUUUACAACUUGCCAUAUAAAUGUAGAUUGAGUUUGUACAGAUUUUAUGGUAGAUGUAGUUUUAUCUUCGAUACAAGUUUGCAGUGAGCCAUUGAAACCUAAUUUAAUUGACAAAUGUAUGGUCUUAGUACUUCCCUUCUCUUCUAUCUCACAUCACCUGGAUAUUGUUUCAAAUUCACACGACGUAUCCACGAGAUCAUGUAGAUUUAUUUGUAAAAAAAAGCCUUUUCUUGUGAGUCACUACUACAUCCUACAUUGUACAAUUUAAUGAAAGCUUUAUCAUUUCCUGAUUCUUCACAUUUUCAGUCCGACGUUUUCUUUAAAUGAUUGAUUUUACCUUUUACGCCACAGGAUCGAUAAUGACGCAGUUAGGUCCUGCAAGACACCUUCUCGAUGACUGUCUUCUGUAUUUUUUUUUUAAAGUGCUUUAAAGUACCUCUUAUCUGCGACAGGCUGGGCGACGUUAUGGACCCGGAAAGGUGGGGAUUGUUUGGGGACUUUAGAAUGUUCUUCAUCGUGCUUCGAGAGGUUUUUCGAGACGUAGAGUUGUGCGAGGUCGUAAAGUCGGUGACGGUGUAAGUAGAAUGUGCUUCGGUUAAGUAGGGAAUUGUGGGGUUUGUAUUUUUGUAAUUUUUUUUGAGAACGCAUGCGAACGUGUCGAUGUUUGGUGUCUCGGAGGGAUAGCGAUUCUGCAGCCUGAUGGAACAGUGUGAAAAGAUGUCUGCCUCCCACUCCCAGAUCCCGUUAUUAGUAAUUUUGUGAAUUUGGAAAAUCGGAAAGUGAUUUAUUUUGUCCUUUUUUUAAAAAGUUGGCCAAACACUACCAGACUUGCCUGCAAUUACGAAUAAAGCUAAAAGAGUCUAGCAGCACAAACAACCAGAGACAAAUUAUUCUUACUGUAUGCAAUAAUAGUGCCCUUGUUAAGUGUAGUAGAUUUUGUUUUGCAAGGAAAAGUGCCUGUUGUUUGUCAUUCAUUCCUGAGUGCGUGGGAGGAAGCGUAUCGGUGAUGUGUAGGCUUUUAUGGCGUCCGGAUAACAACAGUAGUUUUCACGUCAAAACAAUUAUGGCGGCGUUGUAGUUCUCACAAAUGUAUUGUAUAUUUUUCUACUUGUUUUUGAUUUUUUUGGAGCAGGAGACUGUAGUGUCUUGCAGGGUAAAGAAGGUGAUGACGUAUGCGUUGAGGUGCUUGAGCAUGUGUUUGAGUCAUUUCAGGAGAAGAGGCAGUUUUAUCAAGGUCUUUCAUCAAAGUAAAAAGAAGUGUUUCUUUGCAGUGACAGCAACCAAAUUAUAGGUUCAUAACAAUUUUUCUUUGAGUACUUAUUUAAUGUGAUGAUUGUAAGAGAGAAUAAUGAAAGUUUAACUACUGGAUCAAACUAAACGAACUCUGUGACUGCAUUUAUGUCAGUAUUUUGCGGAUGGCUUUGGGUAAAGUUUACUGUUGGAAAGGCAGAUGAAUGCUUUAGUUAUGAAGACAUGUGAAAGGCAAACGACCACAGUGUUUAUGUAACUUAACACCAGUGGUACUAACUGAAAAAAGUCCUAAUCAUAGUUAUUCAACUUUAAACUCUCCAUAUUAGCUUACUUCCUUCAGCUAAUCCGCCUGCUACAAAAUGUUUGCUUAAAUAAACCACGUCUGCGAGAGACAGAGCUAAGAUGUGCUCUUGCCUGGAUAUCGUGAGCAGAUGUUGUGGACGCUGACAGCAAAGGAUUAAACGUCACUGUGCUAGGAUUGUCUAAUUGUGUAACACAACUGUUUGUCUAAAACCUGUCUGGGUUUUUGACAAGGAUGUUUUUUUUUUCUUUUUUAAAGAAGCUCAGAGCAAAGUGGCGAGUUUAUCUUUAAGCUGUAGCAUUCGCUGUUGCUCUGUGCUGUGAUCUGCUUCGGCAACACCAUGUUGUCCUAACAUAUCAGGUUUUUCUCAACUAUUUCUCAAGUAUUGCUGCACUGUGGCUCCUUCUCUGUUCCAAGUUCUGGACUGGCACCAGCUAUUUGUUAUUCCAAGACUAAGUGUGUUACUAACUACUAACAAACAAAUAACAAGUUUAAAACGAAAAUCUGCUUGCUUUAUUAAAAUGUAAGAACUGUUUUCGAUAGUAUCAACCUAAGCAACAGAUAAACUUAACUCAAGAUAUAUUAAACUUAACUUCUAUUCCUAUGUAAAUAUAGGUAUUACUUUGUUUUAUCUAUAUAUGCAUAUAAGUCAGAGUAAAUGAGAAUUAUGUCAGUACACUAACAUAAUUAGUUUUGUUUGCCCAUUCAGACUGUAAUCAUUGACAGAUUAUUUUUUUUAGGUGUAUUAUGUUAUUUUGUAGAAUUUAUUUCUUAAAACUUCCCAGUGUACAUUACAUCAAGUGUCUAGACAGAGUAUCAACCAUAUUGCAUUACCUCUUGUAUUCUUCAGACUAAACGGGUUGUAAAUUAGCAAACAAGCUAGCCUUGUCACUAAGUAGCACACGCAAACAUUAGCUUUGUUAUGACAUGGCCGCAACUUUACAUGCAGUAUGUCAGAAAUCAAAUGUUAGCUGUGUCAGUUACCUGCACAGCCAACAAUAGUAGGCAUAUUAACAAGCAAAUGUUAGCUUUAUCUCCGACCUACGGCACAGUUAGCGUAGUAUAAUUGCAAGAUAAUACUAGAUAUGUCAUUGAGCUACAGCGCUAUUAGCAUAUAUUAGCAAGCAGAUGUUAAGGGUGUUCGUUAACUUCACAGGCCUUAAUAUUUGAAAUGCUAUAUUUUCCACUCGGCCACACAGCUGUUAAUACUUGAUAUAUUAGCAAGCAAAUGUUACCUUUGCUAGUUAGCUGCAUCGUUUAGCUGUAAAACCCUUCAUAUUUUAUAUGUUAGCAAACAAAUGUUAGCUACACAACUGUUCAUAUUUAAUAUAUUAGGAGGCAAAUGAUGGCUUUGUCACCAAGUUUCACCACUGUUAACAUUUAAUUUAUUCGCAAACAAGCAUUAAUUUUGUCAGUUACCUACACAAUUGUUAAUAUUUAUCAUAUUAACAAGCUAAUGUUGUCUUUGUCAUUUACCUGCACAGCUGUUCGUCUCAAUAUAUUAACAAGCUAAUGUUAGCUUUGCCACUCAGCUACACAGCUGUUAAUAUUUAUCAUAUUAACAAGCUAAUGUUAGCUUUGCCAGUUACCUACACAACUGUUAAUAUUUAAUAUGUUAACAAAGGCACGUUACUGUGACACUAACCUAUGAAACAGUUAGCAUGAAGCAAGCAAACCUUAGCUAUGUCGGUUAGCUGCACAGCCCUUAAUAUUUCAUAUAUUAGCAGACAGACAUUAGAUUGUCACUUAGCUGCACAAUUGUUAAUGUGUAUUAUAUUAGCAAGCAAAUGUUGGUUUUGUCAGCUUAUUAAAAAAAAUGGCAAUGUUUAAUAUAUUAAAAAGCUAACAUUAGCUUUUUCAGUUAGCAACGCAAUUGUCUUUGGUCCGACGUAGUUCAUGUGGUGCAACCUGUUGCCAUUUUGUGAUUUGUCAAUCUUCACUUCGGAAGCACUUGUCACAAACAGCUGGUGCCACAGAUCACCAGAAUAAAAGGAAUGGUUUGGUAGUCAUUAAGCAUUAUGCUACAGUGCUAGCAACCGCGGAGCCAGAUUAACAUUGUAUAAGACUAAAUUUAACCUGUUUGUGUAGUUUCUAACAGCAAAGAAUGAAACUGCCCAGUGGCAAAUGUGUAGUAGUACUAACGAAGACAUAAGCAGUGUCACAACUUUAAAAACGGCAUUAACAGGAAGUUAAACAGUGAUAUGUAUCCAUUUGUCAUAUUAGCUUAAAAAAAAAGAAAAAAAACUAGAUCAGUAAAAACAGUUUGUUCUCUAAAGUGCUCUUAAUUUUCUUAGCCCAACAUUAGGGGCAUUAAUUGGAGUAUUUUUUUUUUAUUUAAUUUUGUUCUUCUUUUUAGGUUGUUGUUGCUUUAUCAUGAUUAUUAUUACAUCUCUCCAAACAAUUUCAGUCUGAUUUAAGUCGGCUUUGAUGAACUACCUCACGCUGAAUUUCUGCCAGUUCUUGCAUAUUCUUAGUCGCCUGCAGAAUUAGCUAUCGAAGACGUGUGAAUAACAGAUUCCAUUAUUUAUUUAUUUGAAAGUGUACUAUUUGUCGGUUUCAACAGACUUCUAGUUUUGUACAUUAUGUAUACUUCACCUAGAAGUGAGAGAAUUGUUAUAUGUAUUUUUUUUUUUGUUCUUUUUUUGUUUUGUUUUGUUUUCUUUUUAAACUAAAUGUGCAAUACCUUCAGCAAACUGUGCUAGUAGUAUGUGAUGGGCCUAGCGUUUGUUAGCUGUCUCCUGAAGGUAAAGAAAAUGUUUGGUACUGUCAAUCCAUGUUUUCCUCUUUUUUUUUUAAAUGAAUAAGAUCAGUUUUUAUUUCUGUGACUUGUUUAUAGUCAUAAUGUUACGUAAUCGGUCUUACCCACCAAACGAAUCUGUCGGCUGGAGUUUGACGCAGAGACCCGAUGUUCUUUGACUCACGCAUGGCCGACAGAUUUUUUGAUUUGGGAUGUUUAAGAAACACAAAAAAGGUGAGUAAAUACCUACAAGAAAUCAUUAUAUGUAUGGUGCUGGUUUGUAAUGUUUGCUAGUGAAUCCAGCCAUGCAAGUAGUUUUAAGAAUUCCUGGAUCUGCGUGUCCCGAAAAACCGCAACCAACGAAGAAGUGCACUACUAGAAUACAUGCACUGGGAUCUGAUGAUGCCACCUCUUAAAAAAAUGAAACAAAAAAAUACAAUAAAGUAAAAAAAAAACAACAAAAACAAA